AGGUUAAGCAAUGGAGAAAACGGAAGUGAAGAGAAGGAUAGUGUUAGUUCCAGUUCCAGCACAAGGCCAUAUAACCCCAAUGAUGCAACUUGGGAAAGCUCUUAAUAUGAAUGGCUUCUCAAUUACAGUUGUUGAGGGACAGUUCAAUAAAGUAAGUUCACCUUCUCAACAUUUCCCUGAUUUUCAGUUUGUUACCAUACCAGAGAGCUUACCAGAGUCUGAGCUCGAGAGACUCGGACCACUCGAGUUUCUUUUAAAGCUAAACAAAACAAGCGAGACAAGCUUCACGGACUGUAUACGUCAGUUGUUGUUACAACAAGGUAAUGAUAUAGCAUGUAUCAUCUACGAUGAGUUCAUGUACUUCUGUGGAGCUGCAGCUAAGGAGUUCAAGAUUCCAAGUUUCAUCUUCAGUACUUCAAGUGCUACCAAUCAAGUUUCCCGUUGCAUUUUAAGCAAACUCAAUGCCGAGAAGUUCUUGAUCGACAUGGAAGAUCCCAUAGUGCAAGAUAAGAUGGUGGAAAAUUUGCAUCCAUUAAGAUAUAAAGAUCUCCCAACUUCAGGAGUUGGGCCACUAGAUAUAUUAUUUGAGCUUUGUAGGGAAAUAGUCAACAAAAGAACAGCUUCAGCUGUUAUCAUCAACACGGUGAGCUGCCUAGAGAGCUCAUCUUUGGCACGACUGGAGAAAGAACUUUGGAUUCCGGUGUACCCGUUAGGCCCUCUUCACCUUAAAUCUUCAGCAAUUUCUGGUUUACUGGAAGAGGACAGGAGCUGCAUUGAGUGGUUGAACAAGCAGGAACCAAGGUCAGUCAUUUACAUAAGCUUGGGAAGCAUAGUUCAAAUGGAAACCAAAGAAGUGUUGGAGAUGGCUUGGGGUUUAUCUAGUAGCAACCAGCCAUUCUUAUGGGUCAUCCGGCCUGGCUCUAUCAAAGGGUCUAAAUGGAUAGAGUCAUUUCCAGAAGAAGUCAGUAAGAUGGUCUCUGACAGAGGGUACAUUGUGAAAUGGGCACCUCAGAUAGAAGUACUUGGACAUCCUGCAGUGGGAGGAUUCUGGAGCCACUGUGGAUGGAACUCAACGCUUGAGAGCAUUGUGGAAGGAGUUCCGAUGAUCUGCAUGCCUUUCGACGGGGAGCAAAAGUUAAACGCACUGUGUUUAGAGAGUGUUUGGGGAAUAGGGUUUCAGGUGCAAGGUAAGGUGGAAAGAGGAGGGGUCGAGAGAGCUGUGAAGAGGUUAAUUGUCGAAGAAGAAGGUGCAGACAUGAGGGAGAGAGCCCUUGUGUUAAAAGAGAAGGUCAAAGCCUCUGUAAGAAGUGGAGGCUCCUCAUACAAAGCACUGAAAGAUAUUGUCAACUACUUGGAGACAGAGUAAAGAACAGAGUGAAGAAGCUGAAUUUCAUUAUUAUAAGAGAGCUUUGAGUUUAGUAGAUCAAGCUUGUUCUUCAAAAUUUCAAAAUGUUAGAAUUUGUAAUCUAUAUGCCGUUUUUGGAGGCCAUCAUGCAAGGAAAAAAAAAUAAACGAUGAA